GCUCUCUUUACUUGCGCUUUCGGUUACCGUCCUUCGAAGGCUUUGCUCCCUCUAGGGUAUAAGAAUAACCCGGCGUCGGAACCGCUGCUCCGGUCUUGCAUCUUCGCGAAGGCAGCGAUCGAGUUCGGAAGAUGAAGAUUUUUGUCAAGACUCUCAAGGGCUCGCACUUCGAAAUCGAAGUUCAGCCUCAAGAUACGGUUGCUGCUGUGAAGAACAACAUACAGACUGUUCAGGGUGCCGAUGUUUACCCUGCUUCACAACAGAUGCUAAUCCAUCAAGGAAAAGUCCUUAAAGAUGGCACAACACUGGAUGAAAAUAAAGUUGCAGAAAAUAGUUUUAUUGUAAUAAUGUUAACAAAGAAUAAAAGUUCAUCGGGUGGGGCAUCUUCGGCCACACAAGCUGCUCCAGUGUCGAAGGCACCACAGAACACUGCCCCUGCACCCGCUGCUACCCCAAUGUCAACAUCUGAAGUUCCUCUGGCAACCUCAGCACCGCCUGCUACUAUUAUUGACUCUUCUCCUCCCGCUCCCGCUCCCGCCCCCACUCCUGCUCCCACUGUAUUGCCAGAAUCUGAUGUCUACAGCCAAGCAGCUUCUAACCUGGUUGCUGGUAGUAACUUGGAGGAGACUAUCCAACAGAUUCUUCUCAUGGGUGGAGGGACUUGGGAUAGGGACACUGUUGUCCGAGCUCUUCGUGCUGCUUUCAAUAAUCCAGAAAGGGCUGUUGAUUACCUUUAUUCUGGCAUACCUGAACAAACUGAAGUUCCUCCUGCUGCUCAAAUUCCUUCUACUGUUCAAGCGACAAACCCUUCUGCUCAACCAGCCCAACCUGCAUCUGUGCCACCAACUGGUCCAAAUGCUAAUCCAUUAGAUCUCUUUCCCCAGGGUGUGCCUAAUUUAGCUUCUGGAGCUGUUGGUUCUGGCAGUCUUGAUUUUCUACGUAAUAGUCCUCAGUUCCAAGCUUUGCGAGCAAUGGUGCGAGCCAACCCUCAGAUUCUGCAGCCCAUGCUUCAAGAGUUGGGUAAACAAAAUCCUCAGCUGAUAAGGCUUAUUCAAGAUCAUCAACCUGACUUCCUUCGCUUGAUUAAUGAGCCCCUUGAAGGGGAAGGGAAUAUACUUGGGCAGCUUGCUGAUGCUAUGCCGCAGGCUAUAACCGUAACCCCAGAGGAGCGUGAAGCCAUUCAACGGCUCGAGGAGUUGGGUUUCGACAGAGCUCUUGUAGUUGAGGUUUUCUUCGCCUGCAACAAGAACGAGGAAAUGGCUGCCAACUAUCUUUUAGAUCAUAUUCAUGAAUUUGAGGGUAAUCAGAAUUAGUCCAUUUCUCCUGCCGAUUUUAAUAAUUCCCAAAAAGGAAAAAAAAAAGAGAAAAAAAAAGAAAGAAGACAGGCAAUCCAAUCCAACAAACAAGAAGAAUCUGUAUUUAUUCGUUGUGCCCCUUUCUGCUGUGUACUGUGAAUUAUGCGUGUUGUGAACAUAGAUGUGAAGAUGCGUUUAUCUUUUUUUUUUUUAUCUUUUUUUUUUAAAAAAUUCGCAACUCAUACUUCGAGCCCUUCUGUCAAUGUUAUAAGUAUACUUUAUUUGAUUACCAUUUUUUUUCCUUUGUGGUA